AAAGCUCUUGACUUUUGCAGUACAGCUGGAGCGCGAAGGGGGCGUGCUGCAGCAAUCGACGGUUCGUCAGGGGUUUUGUAGUCAUGGUGGUCGACACGUUUUUAAAUGAAGUUUAAAAUCACGUAGGGGAAAACUGUACUUGAUCAGACUAUACCAGAGCAAACUGUGUCUGCCGUUUUGGAAACAAACAUCGGGUUUCAAUGAAUUGCACUAGGGUUCUGCAGAUACUAAACCCCAGGCCAAUGCCAAGUCCAAUUAUGCCUGUGGAUGUGGCAAUGAGAAUUUGUCUGGCACACUCGCCGCCUCUUCGCAGUUUCCUCAGUUCAUAUAAGGACUGCAAGUCCAGGAGCCUAGUCAACCAAUACAAACCUCUGAGAUCCUGCAUCAGCUCCAAGACAGAUGUGAACACUGAUAACCUAGAAUGGAAGAGUCCUGAGACCAAAGCUAAAAAGAAAGUGGUUUUUGCUGACUCCAAAGGCAUGUCUCUGACAGCAGUCCAUGUGUUCAAAGAAUUUGAAGAAGACCCCAUGUUAGACCUGCAGUUUGAAUUAUCAGACCUGGAUGAUGCCAUUGUGGGCCUGAAAGCAGAGAACGAGAAAAAUUUGAUCUUGGAUUUCCCUCAGCCUGCUGCAGACUAUUUGGACUUCCGGAACCAUCUAAAGAAGAACCUGGUAUGCUUGGAAAACUGCAUAAUUCAAGAGAGAUUACUCACUGGCACAGUCAAAGUAAGCAAUAUAAGCUUUGAGAAAAUGGUCCAUGUGCGAAUAACAUUUGAGUCAUGGAAAAGCUAUGUUGACAUUCCUUGUACAUACAUGAAUAAUGUUUAUGGAUGUGAGGACGUUGACACCUUUUCGUUUUCCAUUGACCUUCCAAGUUAUGUGCCCCUACACGAGCAGGUGGAGUUCUGCAUAUCCUACAAAACUCACAAUACCACAUACUGGGACAAUAAUGAUGGAAAAAAUUACAAGCUGGUACAUGCAGAGAACAAUUCCAGCCAGAACAGUGUUAUCCAAAAGAUGACAACAGAUUUCAAGAAUCAAGGCAAACGGCCAGAGAUGGAAUUUGAUGAAUUCGGGAGCCCAAGAACAUCUACUGGAUUCUUCCCUGAGUGGCAGAGUUGGGGUCAUAUUGAGAACAACACCCCUUACUGGUGACUGGUCAAGACCCCCGAUAAACUUGAAGUAAAUGCUGUAACAAGGACAAAUGCAAAUAGUUUCAGAAUUGAAUUGGCAUUUUGGCCAUGUGUAUCUUUGAUACUAUCCAAAUGAAUUCAGUGUUGGUGUAUGUUUUUGAGAUACACAUUCAGCUUAAUGCGAGAUGUCGGGGCUCUAAAAUUAUGCAAAGUUGAGACCAACCAUGUUAACCAUAAUGGCAGUUACUCAUAAUGAAAAAUGUUGGUUUAUGUUAGUUUCUAAUUUUUUGCACACUACAUACACUAUUUUGUAGAUCUGACAUGGGAUAAACGAAAAUUUUCUUAACAUAGAUGCCUUCCUUUGUGUUAUUUUGUGAAAAUGUUUUACACAAUGGCAUUGUUUUGGACUUGUCCUUGUAUGAAGUGAACAACUAGCAUUUGCUCUGAAAUAGAUUCUUCAGUGUACUUAUUUUGUUACCUUGAAGGGUAAUAAUUUUGUUACUCCAUCUAAAGUCACUGCAUUUUGAGAAUCCUACUUCUGAUAUGUGACUGGAUGUUAAUAUGCAAUAAUUUAAGUCAUGUUUAAAUAGAUAAUUUACCCAAAAAUGAAAGCUCUGUUAAGCCUUGGAAACAUGUUAUUUCAUUGAAUGGACAAAAUAGUUGUUCAAAUGAUCUUCUCUUCAGUGUUCCAAUGAAGAAAAAAAAGUUGUACAGGUUUAAAACCGCAUGAGGGUGAGUAAACGAUGACAAAAUUUUCAAUUUGGGGUGAAUUUUCGCUUUUAGAACAGGUAGACCUGCACUGCAUAAAAUGUGUGUAGUUUUCAGAUUAUGGAAUAAUCUGGUACAAUAUAAGAUUGCUUCAUAUUGAAGUUUUGCAUCUCAUUUGAUAGUACCAGUUUAUCUGUCACUUUAUAGUGAAUACACUAAGCGUGACACAUUAUAAGGAAGUCCAUGAGAGAUAAUAAUGCCCAUUAAGUGCUAAAUCCCAGCUGUUGCGCUUCUGAUUUUUCCCCCGUCUGUUCUACCUUUUUAAAGCUGCACUUUCCUACAACAAUAUCUUUCCUACAACAUUUUUGCUGCUAUGGUAUUGUGUGUGGUCUUGUGUGUUAUAAUGUGAUUUAUGACCCGUAGUGUGUGGAAGCUCUCUAGUGUUAUUUGGAGGAUAGAAGAUGGGGAAUUUGGAUGUAACCAAGAAGGUAGUAGUAAGUCAGGAAGCGUUGCUAAGGUGAGGAAUAAUAUUGAAUUGAGACUGUUUUUCCCUUUCCGCUCCAAUAGUAAAACGGGUUGAGGCCUUAAACAAAGGUGAUUGUGGACUGUGAUGAAUGGCGAGCUGCUGUAAUUGCGGAGAGGGAUCAUGUAGGUUGAAUGUAAAAAGGGGCCUACACAAGCCACAGUGUAUGCCUACAUAUUUUUCUACUGCAAAGAAGAUGUUUGUUUGAAAGUAUGUUGUACUAUACUGUGUUCCUGUUAGAAAUAAAACCUAAUAUUUCUCUGUUUUA